CAUACUAAACAGCACGCGGACAAGCGCGGCGGGGGGAAACGGCAACCGGUAACUUCACCUUGCCUUAUAAAAAGCAGCCGACACUGUCCCUCCAGUACGAGUAUUGGCCAGACACAACCGCGAGAAGAGGUUGAAACAGUUAGUUUUUUAAACAGGUGUCAGCCAGGGCACAGUCACCUUUCGUCCUGCUGUAUGCGGUUCACUCGAGCGCCUCCCUUGACACGAAAACACUCCCGCACGCGCCUGAGUCCGUCGCAUUCACUUGCCUUCCACGAGCGGCCACGAUGGCUAAAUGUCCUGUUUAAUGGUCGAGAGGUGUGGAGCAGUCGCAUUUAAAAGGUCGGAGCAGAAUGCCAUACAAGUUUGCAUGCUGGCUGAUGGCACACUGAACACUGGGCAUGCUGGUGUGCUGCUGGUCGAGAGACGAGGAUCCUACCCGCUGAUUGACCUGAGAAUCCUCAAAACCAGUGCCCAGCAGGGGGAGGUAGAGGCCGGCACCAGGAGAAAGGUGAAGCGUCUGCUGAGCUUUCAGAGAUACUGCCACGCCUCCAGGCUGCUCAGGGGGUUGGUGCCCCACACCUCCGGGUCACUACACCUACUGGACGAUGACUACCUGGGACAAGCUGCACACAUGCUCUCAAAAGUCGGCACAUGGAACUUUGACAUUUUCCUCUUCGAUCGUCUUACAAAUGGUAACAGCCUGGUGACUCUGAUGUGCCAUCUCUUCAAUGUCUACGAUCUCGUUCACCACUUCCAGCUGGACAUGGUCAAACUGCACAGGUUUCUCGGCAUGGUGCAAGAGGACUACCACUCCCAGAAUCCCUAUCACAAUGCUGUUCAUGCUGCUGAUGUCACCCAAGCCAUGUACUGCUACCUGAAGGAGCCCAAGCUGGCAGAGCAGCUGAGUCCCCUGGACGUAUUUCUGGGUCUGAUGGCAGCAGCCGCCCACGACGUGGACCAUCCUGGAGUCAACCAGCCCUUCCUCAUCAAGACCAGACACCACCUGGCUUCCCUCUACCAGAACACGUCUGUGCUGGAGAGUCACCACUGGAGAUCCACCGUGGGCAUGCUGCGAGAGUCAGGACUGCUGUCCCACCUGCCUGCUGACAUGUCGCAGGACAUGGAACAGCAGCUGGGCGCUCUCAUCCUGGCUACUGACAUCAGCAGGCAGAAUGAGUUCCUGUCGACCUUCAGAGAACAUCUAGACAACCAGGACCUGGACCUUCAGCUCUCUUCACACAGACACUUUACGCUGCAGAUCGCUCUGAAGUGCGCUGACGUCUGUAAUCCAUGUCGGGUUUGGGAGCUGAGCCGACAGUGGAGUGACAGGGUGUGUGAGGAAUUCUACAGUCAGGGUGACCUGGAGAGAAAGUUUGGGAUGGAGAUUAGUCCUCUGUGUAACCAGGAGACUGACUCUGUGCCAGCCAUUCAGAUAGGGUUCAUCUCCUACAUUGUGAAGCCUCUGUUUGACGAGUGGCACCGCUUCACCGAGCACAGCCCGCUCAGCCAGACCAUGAUGGGUCACCUGAACAAGAACCAGGCCCACUGGAGCCGCCUACGAUACGCACACACACAUUCAGAUACACAAACACACACACACGCCGUGGAGCCUGAAUCUGAAGGAGGAGGAGGAGGAGGAGGAGGAGGAGGAGGAGAAGGAGAGGGGGAAGGCAUCCCUUAAUCUUUCUCUUGUUUCUCGAGGUGUUUGAUCUUCCUUUUGUAAAGGGAGGAGAGGAGUGUUUAUCCACCUCCCUGUUUGUCCUCCAGCAUAUUUUCUCCCACUGCUGGUUGUUCACAGGCUUCGAAAAGUGGGAGCACUGGAUUGGAGUCUGGCUUCAAUUCAUGAGAAAUGGCUCCCUCUGCUGGAGCGGAGGACUGUAGCCCUGCAGGAAGCAAAACAAGAAGACAGAGAGAUUCAUGUUAGAACAGAUGGACGGAUAAUCUUACUAAAUAAUUGCCAAUUUGACAAAGUCAUGCCUUACUCUUCUAAGAAUCUGAGAAAAUAAGGAAUUGAAAGGUUAUAUCUGAUGACAGAAGAUGGGUCAAUGAAGAGAAGUAUCAAUGAAUGUGCACAUUGCUGCUAGAACAAUACAGAAAUGAAAAUGCCAAAAUUAUACACUGGACAGCUGGACUAUGCUGGGAAAGCUGGCAUAAAAAUGAAUGAAAGAGAGGAAUAUAUGAAUAUAUAUACAACUGUACUAUGCUUUUUAAACAACACAUGCUGUAUUAAGCUCUUGUCACCUUUUUUUUCUUUUUGUACAGCUUGCCCUUCUAUUGGAUGCUGUUUCAUACAGGUGUGUCACUUGUCUACUUUUCACGGCAGUGCGUUUAUAACUCACUAAGUUGGUAUGUCAAGGUACUGUAAACUGUACAAUGCUUUUCUGUUUUAAGUGCAUAACCUGUUCAACUGACUGAACUGACCGAUACAACUAAUGACUGAAACAAAGUGGCUUCAGCUGAUGUCGACUGUCAGCUGGAUGUUUUUGGUCUCACCGAUGUGGAGAACUCAAACCGGAGCCAUUUUUCUAAAGUGUUUGUGUUCAUGUAAUGUUAUAAACGGUAUAAUCUGUACAUAAUUUAAUGUACAACCUCAGCACUUCACAUGCCAAAAUCUCAGCAAUGUAUUAACCUUUUUACUGGGUAUAUGGAUAUUGGGAAAUACAACUCUUUCACUGGUGAUACCUUUGCAACAA